UUUAUUCUAAAAAACAUUUGCGCACAUACACACAAACGGAAGAUAUAGUCGGACGCGAAGUUGCCUAUGUACAUACAUACAUACAUAUGCCCGCCCACACACAUACGUAAAAUGAAUUUUGCUCAGUGCUUGUGUUCUUAUACUCUUGUACUGGAUAUUUUGAUUUGUUCAAGCAAUAUUGAGGCAUUUGAAGAUGACCGACAAGGGACAGAGGCACAGUGUACAUCGGUGCAUCAGCAACUAUCCGUACAAUGCGGGCAGCGGAAGCGCCCAGGCGAAUCUGGAGGCCAGCUGCAAGAAUUCGUUGGACUUUGUGCAACGCCUGAAUCUGUUGAGCACGUUGAGCGUGCACAACGGUUGUGUGAAUACGGUUAAUUGGAAUGCCAGCGGAACGCUCAUUGUAUCCGGCUCCGAUGACAAUCAUCUGGUCAUCACGGAGACCAAGAGCGGUCGUGUGGCGGCCAGGACAAAGACUCAGCACAAGCGUCAUAUAUUUAGUGCACGUUUCAUGCCGCACUCAAACGAUCUGGCGGUCAUCUCGUGCUCCGGCGAGGGUAUUGUGUUGCACACCGAAUUCCUGGCACCCUACGGCCCCGGCAGAAGCAUGGAGGAGGCGCUCAUUGGCGAGUCCGAUCGCUAUGCCAGUUUCUUUGAUUGCCACGCCUUUGGCAGUACAUACGAUGUCCUACCGCUGCCCGACAGCCCACGCAUGUUCCUCAGCUGCGGCGAAGACGGCACCGUCCGUUGCAUUGACCUAAGGGUGAGCAGUCGCUGUGCCGAGUCCGUUUGCGACAAGCACAUCUUUAUAACGGCACCGUGCGCGGUGACAGCAAUGGAUGUGGCGCCCAUUAAUCAUUAUAAUGUUGCCAUUGGCUGCUCGGACUCCAUAGUUCGGCUCUAUGAUCGCCGCAUGCUCUCCGCUGGCAUCGAUCGGGAGCGCAUCACUUGGCCAUUGAAAGCUUAUCCCAUACCGAUGAAGUAUACACGCCGGCAUUACCGUCCCACCUGCGUUAAGUUUAGCGCCGACGAAUCGGAACUGCUGGUCAGCUAUUCCAUGGAGCAGCUAUAUUUGUUUGAUAUGCAUCAUCCGGGCUACAAUGAUGCCGAGCUGCUACGCAGCGGCUGUUACACGCCCAAGCUGCGGCGCGACAAUGAUCCAGAGCCGCAAAUGCCGCGCCUGCGUUUUCGCGGCGAUUGGUCCGAUACAGGCCCCAAUUCCAUGGCCAAUGCCGAGCACGGUUCCAAUCGUCCCAAUGUCGGUCAGGCGCGUCCGCCGCUUGAGCCUGGUGUGCUGAGUCGACUCAGCGAUGAAAUCUUUCGCAUGCUCAAUUCUCAAACACGUCAGCUACGUGCCCUAAAUCCGAGCACCAGCAGCAGCUACUCCACCCCAAGGACACCGGCUCAUAUGUCCUGGCAAGACGCUGUUCUACGCACCCUGGAUAACCAGAGGGAGACCGCAAUAGCUCCCAACAACAGCCUACUUAGUAGUGCCGCCAAUGCACCCAUUCCCAUAGAGUCGCCGCCAGCAGUUGCGAACUCGUCAGCUGAUGACGCCACACCUGCUGAAUCCUUGAAUGCUGAGCCUGCAGAAGUGAAGAGCGACACUGUGCUGGAACCUGCUAGGGAGAAUAGGCAAGAUCGUCAAGAGCUGAACAAAUUUGAUUAUGUGAAAAUGUCGUUUAGCGGACAUCGGAACUCGCGUACCAUGGUGAAGGGCGCCUGUUUCUGGGGCGACGACUUCAUUAUGUCCGGCUCGGAUUGCGGCCACAUCUUUGUCUGGCAACGGCAGACGGGCAAAGUGGUGAAAACGCUGCUCGCGGAUCAUCGCGUAGUGAAUCGUGUCCAGCCGCAUCCGACGCUACCCUAUUUGGUUAGCUCGGGCAUUGAUUACAACGUGAAGGUCUGGGCGCCAAUUUCACCAAAGGCCAUCUUCGACGAGAGCGAAACGGCUGAGCUGAUCAGGAGCAAUGAGAUAAUGCUAGUGGAGACACGCGAUACUAUAACGGUACCUGCUCAGAUCAUGAUACGCAUUUUGGCCAGUCUACAUCAGUAUCGUCGCCUGAUGCACGCCUCGGGUGGAUCGGCAUUCGGCAUGGAAAAUAGGCGGAACCGUAGAGACGCUGUGCGCGUGGCUAUGAAUGCGGAGAAUGCGGGAGUUGUUGCUGUUGCUGUUGAUCACAAUAAUGAUAAUGCAGCUAACGAUAUUGAUAAUGAGAAUGAGGACAACGAUGAUAGUGACAGCAACCACAACAGCAACAGCUCGAAUGCAACUUAAACCAAUCUAGUCAAUAUCAAAAAAAAAAGCUUAUCAAUGAGUGUAAACUAUAUAUUAACUAUAAAUGUAUGUUUAAUCGGCGCUGCAUCGGCUACUCCCAGUAUGUAUAAAUAUAUAUAUACGCCCCAUUCCCUCCUGCCGUUAGUUGUGUCCGAAAGAAAAUACCCUCACACAUUCCCCAAUAUAGUUAUGAAAUGUAUAUCCAAUGCACUAUCAGCGCCGACGUCUAAAUUGUGAGACUCAACGAGCAUACAAGAGCGUAUGUGAUGCAUAUAACGAUAUUUAAACAUUUGUUCCUUUCUAAUUUGUAAAUUAUUAAACUCAAAACGUAAAUACUUUUUGGUUUGCUAUUGCUUUAGUGGCGCCACGAAAUAGGAUUGAAUUCAAGCAAAUAUCCUCUAUUCCGAUUGCUCAUCUAUUUUAAAUACCUAUUUAAAACGAACUUGGUUGUGUAUACGAAAUAGAAUAUUAUAUGUUUUUAUUUCGUUUCGAAAACAGAGUAUUAUAUUCGACAAAGCAUAUAUUAAUAUCAUACUUUGUUUUUUAAAACAAAGUAAAGAAUCGUAUGUAUUCUAUUUCCAUAUGCUGUAUUGAGUGGCAACAUUUUUGUUAGGGUUCGGACCAGGUUAAAGUGAUUGUUUGUUGGGUCAAUAAGAAUAAAUUAAAUGUUUGUUGAUUGUUUCUAAAUCAUAUGAGAUAUAUGUUAUAUAUUUAUGUAUUUGUCGUAUAUAUAUAUAAUAGAUAUAUACAUACGUACAUGCGAUUAAGUACUCUACGCUUAAAUGCUAAACAACUAUAAGUAAAAUGCACUAUUUACAAAAGUCAACUGAUAUUAUUUACAUCGUACAGCAUCUAUCAAAUAUCAUGUUUGUUUCCUGCUUAUUCGGGGAAACAAAUUUUUGAAAAUAACGUCUAGUUAAAUACACAUUACACGUUCUAAACAAUAUGUUGCACACACUGAUCUUUUAACAAUUGUUUGAAUAAAUAUGAUACUUAAA